ACUGUCGAGAAACGGGUUUACCUGUCCGUGACAAUAUUUCUAAAACUUGCGCCAUGACUUGUGUUUCGUUGGGUUUCCUCGGCAGAUUUCUGCUCUUGACGUUGUUCGCAAGUCAAGCAUUAGCCAAACCAGCAACGAGUCAGAUGGGUACUAGUGUGAACCAGUCCGGUCUCGCGGAGACAAAGAAAUGUAACAACGUGUACUUCUACGAAGCCCCCAACGAGAAGAUUGAAAAUAUGUUGCAAGCAGUGACGAAACAACUCGCUCACAUGCAGAAGGACAUCGAUAUUAUCAAAGAAAAAAAGAACGCUACGAAAGCUUCGAAGAACUGUGCUGAGUUGUACAAAUCCGGCCAAAGAAUCAGCGGUGUUUAUACAAUCGACCCUGAUGGUUCAGGUGCCUUUGAUGUUUUCUGUGACCAAGCAACAGACGGUGGUGGGUGGACAGUGUUCCAGAAGAGAAUAGACGGCUCCGUUAAUUUCUACCGUGGCUGGGCUGACUACAAGAAUGGCUUCGGUAAUCUGAAUGGCGAGUUUUGGCUGGGACUGGACAAGAUAAACCGUUUGACGAGAACAAAGAACAGACUUCGAGUAGAUCUGGAAGACACGACAGGCAAAACUGCUUACGCCGAGUACGACAUGUUUGCAGUUACGAGCGAGAGGACUAAGUACCAGCUCAGCAUCGGUACUUACACAGGGACAGCGGGAGAUUCGCUUUCUGGUCAUCGUGGCUACCCCUUUACCACCAAAGAUCAGGAUAAUGACAGCAGCUCGGGCAGUAACUGCGCUGUGAGCUUCAAAGGAGCCUGGUGGUACACCAGCUGUCAUGCUUCCAACCUGAACGGUGUCUAUCAUCAUGGCGCGCACUCAUCAUAUGCUGAUGGUGUCAACUGGUAUCACUGGAAAGGACAUAAGUACUCCGCCAAGAGAGCUGAGAUGAAGAUCAAACCAGUGAAGUUUUAGAACAUUCUGUACCACUUUUCUACUUUGUUUGCUGAAGAUAACACAUUAGAGCUUGGUUAAGAAAUGUUUUAGCGACUCGGUGAUUAAAAAAUAACAAGAAUAAU